GCUGUUUUGUAACCACUACUACCAAAGCCACACUGCAGCGAAGAACGAGACGGACAUGUCGGAGAGCCGGAGAAAAGAUGCUGCUCCAAACGGUGCAGCCCAUAGCACUAGUACAGAGCCACACGUGGCCAGACCAAAUGUUGGCAACAGGGUGACUGUAGUGCUAGGGGCUCAAUGGGGCGACGAGGGCAAAGGGAAAGUUGUGGACUUGCUCGCUCAGGACGCCGAUAUUGUUUGCAGAUGCCAGGGUGGUAACAAUGCAGGACACACGGUGGUGGUGGACUCUGUUGAGUAUGACUUCCACCUUCUACCCAGCGGCAUUAUCAACCCUAAGGUUACUGCUUUCAUUGGUAAUGGGGUAGUGAUCCAUCUGCCUGGCCUCUUUGAGGAGGCUGAGAAGAAUAUGCGCAAAGGCAAAAGUCUGAUGGGCUGGGACAAGAGGCUGAUCAUUUCAGACCGAGCACACAUUGUGUUUGAUUUCCAUCAAGCGGUCGACGGUGUGCAAGAGCAGCAGAGACAAGAGCAAGCGGGCAAGAACCUCGGAACAACAAAAAAGGGGAUUGGCCCAGUGUACUCAGCCAAAGCAGCCCGCAGCGGCCUCAGGAUAUGUGACCUCAUGUCUGACUUCACGCAGUUCUCUGAAAGAUUUAAAGUCUUAGCCUCACAGUAUCAGUCUAUGUACCCGACCCUGGUGAUUGACAUCGAUGGAGAGUUGUGCAAGUUGAAGGAUUACGUGGAGAAGUUAAAGCAUAUGGUGAAAGAUGGCGUCUUCUACAUGUACGAGGCCCUACAUGGACCUCCCAAAAAGAUCCUGGUAGAAGGAGCCAACGCUGCCCUUUUAGAUAUUGACUUUGGAACGUACCCUUUCGUGACCUCGUCUAACUGCACAGUAGGCGGGGUGUGCACGGGCCUAGGCAUGCCGCCUCAGAACGUGGGUGAGGUGUUCGGCGUGGUCAAGGCCUACACCACCCGGGUUGGCAUCGGAGCCUUUCCCUCUGAGCAGUUCAAUGAUGUUGGAGAGCUCCUGCAGACAAGGGGGAAAGAAGUGGGUGUGACCACGGGCCGUAAAAGGAGAUGCGGUUGGCUGGACCUCGUGCUCAUCAAAUAUGCCCACAUGAUUAACGGCUUCACUGCCUUAGCUCUCACCAAGCUAGACAUCUUGGAUGUGCUCCCUGAGAUCAAAGUUGGUGUGUCAUACUCUGUGGAUGGUGAAAAUAUACCUCAUUUUCCAGCCAACCAGGAAGUCUUACAACGUGUUGAGGUUCAGUAUGCCACCCUGCCAGGUUGGAACAGUGACACCUCUGCCGUCAGAACGUUCGAUGAGCUGCCAGAGAACGCCCAGAAAUAUGUCCGCUACAUCGAGGAGCACCUCGGUGUGCCCGUGAAAUGGAUUGGAGUCGGAAAAUCUCGGGAGUCCAUGAUCCAGAUCUUCUAAGAGCUUCUCCUCCAGACCACACCCUCAGUCCCCUCUCCCUACCUCCGGAUGGCUGCCUGGUUCCAGGGGCCUGUGGCCUGGGAAGGUGGUCUAUGCUGCAUGACCCCCCCCCCCCCAUUGGAGACUCUUCAAAAUUGCCCCUCUGGUUGUUAAGAUGGAAGUACACUUCAGUUGCUUGCCAGCCUACACCUGUUACUCCCCAUGUAUGGCUUGUGAGAAGGCCCCCCUCUUCUGGCCUUUCUGGAUCUGCUCUUCUGACACACUUGCACAUGCACUACAUACACACACCUAUCCAUUCAAUAUCCCCAUAUUCCAACCUCUGAUCCAGGUGUGUGACACAGUCAUUGACCCGUCUACAAGCCAAUGUCAGACUGUUCAGUAUGACCAUGUGUACAGAGCUGCAGUGGAACUUGGUUGAUUCAUUAACAGAUAUUUUGUGGCUGUACUGUGAUGAAAUCACUUGUGCCCGUUUGUGUAGAUGUAUUCUUUAUACCUAGCAUGAGCCCAUGGCCAUGAAACAGCCCUCUAGGCAACUAUAGAUUUCAUGUGUUCUGCAUGGACAACGGUCCCUGACAAAACCAGUCUCUGUAUUCAAAUUGCAGAAAAUGUAGAAUCUGUUUGUUCUUACAAAGACCUUGUUCCCAGCAACGAAGCCAUUAUGCAAGAAAAUAUAUUUUAGGUUCCAUUACAAUCGUAAAUGGUCCUUUUUGAAGGUGUCAAUCAAACAACCUCUUCAUUUCCCCAGUUGACUAGAAAUGUUGUCUCAUUUCAAAGCAGUAAAAAGUUGUACUACUAAACAGUGAGCAGUUUAGGUCAGUUAGCAUGUUGAUGGGUCAUCUUGCUAUCAAACUCCACAUUUGAAAUGACGCAUGAAUGCAAUCCUAAAUUUAAGCUCCAACGCAAACACGAUGUAGAUAUGCUAAACUCUAGUCUCAGGACUUCUACACGAUCAUAUCGGUGUAUAUUUUAUUUCUAGGACUAGGUAUGGUUGAUUCUGUUCUGCUACUAUUAGACGUGUGGGUGUUUCUGCAUAUGUAGUAUAUUAGACAGCAGAUUGUCUCCUGACUCAGUGACCACUGUAACAUGUGUUUCCUGUUUGUAUAUUAGUGAUUGAAAUAGAACUAUCUAAAUAUUUAAAAUUAAAUACAUUAAAUGAUCUUGCCUGUUUACAUAUGGAUUGAAUAUAUAAACCUCAAUGGCUCAAUUAUGAAAUAAAAAUAGUUACGGGGAGAGGCAUGUGUUCAAGUUCAACCUUGUACAUGCGCUGCCUAUUCAUGUAGAAUGGGAAAUUGCUCAAAAAAUGAGUUUGCCUUUAUCUGCAGGUCUCUAGAGAUGGGUGUAGACUGCUGUGAAAGAAGGGCUUUCUACAUUGGUGUUGGGGUGCUUUCUCUUUUGUAUAUGUGGACGUGUUAGACUAGUGUCAGACCCCUUACCCUUUUCACAGGAAUGGGGUCUUUUUGUUACAGCCUUAUUCUAAAAAUGAGGAUUACAUUCAAUGUUUUCCUCAUCAAUCUACACACUACCCCAUAAUGACUAUGUGAAAACAGGUUAUUAGAAAUGUUUGCACAUUUAUACAAAAUAAAUACCUUCUCUACAUAAGUGUUCGGACCCUUUGCUAUGAGACUCCAAAUUGAUCUCCGGUGCAUCCUGUUUCCAUUGAUCACCCUUGCGAUGUUUCUACAACUUUAUUGUACCUGUGGUCAAUUCAAUUGAUUGGACAUGAUUUGGAAA